AUGUCGUCCCACAGCAACAGCUCCUCAUCGCCCCCUCGAGUCCCCCCUCAUAUUCGUCUCAAUUCAGGUCAAGACGACUUGCUCAACACCGACGCGAGCAGUUCCUCGAGGACCCUAGUCCCGACCACCUCCAGGCCGACCACCUCACGGCCACAAUUAAACAAUGUCUACUCCUCAGAUCGCGUCCAGGAUUCGGCAGAGAGACUGUUACCCCCGGUCACAGGCCGCUCAAACAGAUUCAGAGACGAUGGUUCACCCCUGAGAUCCCCCGUUCGGUCAAGUUACUCAUCCCGUCGGUCAAGCUGGGAAUCGGAUCAGAGCAGAGAUAGCAGAGGUUUCGAGAAUCCGUUCAGAGACUCCAGUCAAUCAAGACCAGGUUCAAGAGCCGGCAGUGAUGACAACGACGUCAAUACCCAAACAGUAUCAGAAAAAUAUAAUAUUCUGCCGUCUGCCGGUCUCCUUCUCUUCCCAGAAGACGUCGAAAAAGACGAUUACCUCCACAACCCUGAUCCCAACGACAAGGACCGUGACUGCGAUAUAUUCAACAGAAGAGGAUUGGUUAAUGUCGGCGGCCUUGCCCUAAUCACAAUCGGCAUACUGGUCCUGUUUGUGGGAUACCCUGUUCUGACAUUUGUCCAGAAAAUAACCUCAUCACCAAACCCCUGCGCAGACACAAACGCUUGUAUAGGGAAUGGCAAGGUUCCGUUACUCAAGAAUAUGCGAACUGGUCUCAUUGAUCCCGACACUCCUGAUUCGGUCAAGACGAAGAAAGAUUUUCACGGCAAUACGUGGAAUUUGGUCUUUUCGGACGAGUUCUCUAAACCAGGACGAACGUUCUACGAAGGAGAUGACCCCUACUGGACUGCGGUGGACAUCUGGUACGGUGUGACAAGGGAUUUGGAGUGGUACGAUCCUGAUGCGGCCACCACAAACAAUGGUGUAUUGGAAUUGCGCUUCGAUGCUUUCCAGAAUCAUGGCCUGAACUAUCGCUCUGGCAUGCUGCAAUCCUGGAAUCAGCUGUGUUUCAAGGGCGGCAGACUGGAGACCAGCAUCUCCCUCCCUGGCCGUGGCGACACGGUCGGCUUCUGGCCUGGGUUUUGGUCGAUGGGGAACCUCGGAAGACCCGGCUACGCCGCGACAACGGACGGUCUGUGGCCUUACUCGUACGCAGAUGUCUGCGACGCUGGCAUCACAGCAAACCAGAGCUCUCCCGAUGGCAUCAGUUACCUUCCAGGCAUGCGACUUCCGGCCUGCACAUGCUCCGGUGAGGACCAUCCGACUCCCGGAAAAUCUCGAUCUGCCCCCGAAAUUGAUGUGCUCGAAGCGAGCGUCGGCACCCUUGAUGCCGAAGGUAACCAGAUUGGAAUGGUCUCUCAGUCCUUCCAGGUGGCCCCCUUUGACAUCUGGUAUCAGCCCAAUUACGACUUCGUUGAAGUGUUUGAUUUCUCGGUCACAGCCAUGAACACAUACAAAGGUGGACCUUUCCAGCAAGCAGUUUCAGGCUUGUCAAAUCUGAACAAUGCAUGGUAUGAUGGAAAUGCUUAUCAAGUAUACGCCUUCGAAUACACCCCCGGUGCUGAGGGCGACAUCACUUGGUUCGUUGGCGAGUCUCCUGUCUGGCGUCUGGAAGGUCAAGCUUUGGGUCCCAAUGGCAACGUUGCUCAAAGAGUUGUGCCUGAGGAGCCAAUGUCGAUCAUUGCCAACUUUGGCAUGUCGCCUGGUUUCUCUGCUCUGAAUUUGACCGGACUAGCGCCUCUCAUGCCAGCUACCAUGCGGCUCGACUACAUCCGCAUCUAUCAAGAUGACAAUGGCAAAAUGAGCUGCGACCCUGAAGGAUAUGAGACGACCGAAUACAUUAACAAUCAUUACGAGGUGUAUCACAACCCGAAUGUAACGAGCUGGCCCGAUACUGGCUACUCGUGGCCCAAGAACUCGCUGGUGAACGGAUGUUAA